GGGCGCUUCCGUUCGCGAGGGGCCCGGAGGCCGCGCUGUCGUUUUGCCUCAGCCGCUCCUCGUCCUCCUGCGGCCCCUUUGCCGGAGCCCCGAGCUGCCUAGGAAACACGCCGUUGAGACACACAGUAUAGAUAAGAUAAAUCUAUUUCCCACCACAAGCAGUGCCUCCCCCGCCCGCCCCGCCCUCAGGAAAUAAGUGAAACUUGGAAAAGGGGCGGAAAGGAGGUAACGACUAUCGACCGGCUUCGACCAGAGCGGGGUCGGGGGGUCUCCGCCGCCAUUGCCCCUCCCUCCGCGGAUGGCGCCUCCCCGUCACGCAGCUCCCGUCUUCGGGGGAGGCGGCGGCGGGCAUCGUGGGCGUGUGGUGCUGCCCGCCAUGGCGGGUUCUUCUGCGGCUGCAAAUGCCGAGGCGGCGCCUUCGGGGGGGGGGGAUUUGGGUCGGUGGGUCGGGAAGCGGCCUCGGGCGCCAAGGUUGCUCCCGCCGCGGCCCUCCCUCCUCCCCCCGCCAUUUCCCCUUCCCCGUCCGUGGGGAGCCCCGAGAAGCGGGUGUGGCGCUUGCCCUGCGUGGCCCCCGCCUUGGCAGAGGCGGCCUUGAAGGUCCUGCCCCGGGGGGAGGGCGCCGCCGAGAACGGAGCUCUUCCUUUUCCAGGGAAUUCUAGCGGGGGCGGGGGGGGUUGGUGCUCCGCAAUUAUGGCGCCGGGCACGUCCCCCCCCCCGAGACGCACAACAGCAGCCCCGCCACACACGUGUCUCGAAGUCCAGAGGGUUCAAGUGAGCCAAGUCUGACUGUCGCCUCCGGGACGUGGGGAGCCAGAGAAAAUGGGCAGCAUGUCUGCGCCCUGCGCUGAGCCAGUGCGAGGAAGGCAUUGCGCACCGCGGGGGAGGAAGCCGGCGGGUUUGCCUCGGCUCAACCAAGCCCGCCCGUGGCACUUUCGCAGGAGCUUUGCAGUCGGUCCUUUUUUAAAAUUCAGGACACGUGGCCUUACUGUAAAACAAUGUCAACCUCUGCGGGGCUUCCUCCGGAGUAAAGACAAGACCCCCUUCCCCCCCCAUGAUAAAAUGUCCGUCCAACUCCUCUAGGAUAUAUAGGAGAGAGGGGGGAGCUGGACGGACAUUUUCCCGUGUGUGUUUUUGUCUUUUACUCAGGCGCCCACCCGCAGAUUCUAAAAGCGCAACUCCCAUCCAGGGAAGCAGGGCUUUAAGGGGACAGGAGUAAACGCGCCACAUUGGGAAAAAGCAGGCUUGCUAUUCGAAGAUGUCCCUUGAAACUCGGGGGCGGGCAGGCAGGCAGGCGGAGUUGCCGGGCAUCCAUGCCUCUUGCUCCCCCAGCCACCCGCUGGCACGCGGAGAAGAGGAGCCGAGCCUCCUAGAUUCGCAGCAGCCCUUCGGAACAGGAAGGGGCGCCAGGCCGGCUUGGCGGGGCGCUCCUGGCCCGAAGCCGGAAGGGGAGAUUCCCCCCGGGGAGCCGCGAGUCAGAGAGGCUGGGGAGGCGCCCGGCCUUCCGCGGGGAAAGGGGCGGGCGAAAGGGUGGCGAGACACAGUUUUAGGCCCGCCUCUUUCAUUGAGGAAAUUUAAAUUCUUUGUGGUUUUUCCCUCUUAACCAGCUUGCCCUAUUCAUUUAUUUCCGAGGGCAGAUGUAGAGAAGGAUCGGGGAAAUCGGGCACGACAGGAAAUUUACGUGAAAAUUCUUUUAGCGGUUUUUUGCGGGGGAGUGGGGUAGUUUAUUUUGGUUUUUAAUAUAUAUAUUUUUAACCUAUUCUCGAUGCUUUUAAACUGAGCUACACGAAGCAGGGCGGCAAGGACAAACAACAACAACAACCUCCCAAACCAACCUUCCUAUUUUUCCGAGCGUUUCUUGUAAUUUUGUGGGGAGAAGCGUAUCUUAAAUAUUUUCUAUAUUUAUAAAACAAGAGUAUCCCCCCAUAAAGCUCUAAAAUGUCGUCAUUUGCAAAAGGUAGGAAUUACUUAGUUCUUCUUUAAAGCUGCAUGAUGCCCGGGGUUCUGUGUGUUUUUAAAUAAAACAGCUAUUUUUCACAAGCAGAGGCUGCAGAAAUGCAGUGGUGAUGGGUGGUAAAAGGAGGGGGCUUGAAAGAGAGUCUCAUUGGGUUAAUUAAGCAUAUCUUCUAGUUGUUGCUCGGGUGACAGCGGAGCACUGCCGCUUUCUCUCAGCUGAUUCUUUUAGCUUGGGUGAGAGAGUAUGUAGGCUUUCUUUUUCUCUUCUUUCAAUACAUAACACUGCAAAACCGGACUGAAGUAUCUUGUAGCCGCUGCCUCUGAAUCUGGCAAAUUGCAGGUGGGGUCUGUAACUGGGUCCGUCCAGAUUUGUUGCCUGGCCUUUCUGUCCACAACAGUCAGUGGUCUUUAAACCUUUAUCUACAUGUCUUGUGGUUUGGUGUAAUAGUUUCUGGUGAAUUAUAGCGUGAGAUUUUUCUGGUAAGGUAUGGCUGUCUCAUUCCACGGGUUCUGUGUAAGUGGUUUAAUUCUCGGAGACAUAUUGCGAAAUUUGGAAAAGUCCGUAAGAAGACAUUUCAGGAAGCCUGAUGACUGAUACAUUUAUUUUCUUUGAAAAAAAGGAUUCUUGCAACAGUGUGAAUUAUUUUAAAUUAAAAGUUUGUGCCCUUUUGUAUGCCAGAAAAACUUUAUAAUUACCUACUUGGAGAAAACAGAUCAGAUUUUCAGUCCUUAUGUGUAAAUUGUGCAGAAUACAGUACUUUGAACUGAGAGAAUAUAUAAAAAGUCAAGUAUUGAUUUUUUUGGGGGGGAUACUGUAGAAUAUAUAGUAUAUGAGUGCAGUAUGAUUAUGUCUUGCUUGUAGGCAGACUAAUAAGAGAGCUAAGAGCAAGGUUGAUUGAACCUGAAAGUCAUCUACCUACAGCCAGUCAACUCUGUGCAACAAGGGACGAUGAAAUGUUCUCCUUAUGUGUGCUAUUGCACUUUUAAAGCCCAAUACUGGAGGAGGCCAUUUUGUGUAUAAAAAGGGGAGGUUGCUUAUGUUUCUCAAAGUGUCAGUUUUAUUAGGUUAAAGGUAAAUUUAAUUGCCUUAUUGGAAUCGAAACAGUUGUAUUUUUAGCAUACAUUUAAACACUUCAAAAUGUCCCCUUCUAUGCUUACAACCUGACAUGGUAUUUCCCAGCCUGCUGGAGAUUUCUAUCACUAUGAGUAGAAGCUGAGGAGUUUAUGCGUAACAGCUUCCUAUUUUCUUUUGCUGAAAUGGUUUCCAACUGUAUGCUUGGGUGAAAUUGCUUCAUGGUACGUCAGAUUUUAUUCCCUUAAAUGCAGAAUGGGUGUAGUAGAAUACAUAAAAUGCUGUGAGCUAAUUUUAAGAAGGCUAAAAUGUAGACUAAAUAGACUGAGUGUUAGCUUGAUCUGUAGGGAACAGUGCACACUGUUCUCCCAUUAUAUUUGAUAUUUUAAAAAGAUAAUUGCUAUUUAACAUUAAAUUACUACAGCAUAUUGUUUACAGAUGAGGUAACAGGCAAUGGCCUACACAUGACACUUGUGCUGUGUGGCUUAAUUCUUUAGCCAGUAAAGUAUUCUUAAAACCUGUGUGUUACUGGCUGCAUAAAUAUAUCUUGUAUGACAUGUAUUAAAAAUCCCUCCUUGGGGCUACUUUGCUCUAUGGUAAUACCUGUUAACAUUUCUGCAAACUAGUUUUUAAAAAGAAACCGUAACCAAGACUCCUGUCUGUGCUGUGAGUUUCUAUUCAGGCAAGCCAGGUUUGGCUUGUUUUUCUUGUUUUUUGUUUUGUUUCUAGGACUACUGUUUUAUUUCAAGUUUCAUACUUAGGGAUUAUUUUAAGCAUUUAGGCCAAGUAAUUUGAUGGACCGUUAGCUAUUAAAACUCAGCUGCACACUUGGAUUUAAUAUUUAUUCAGGCAGAUAAUUGGUAGAUGGGUGGGAAAGAAUUUAGGAUUUUACCCUUAUUCAUAUGAUAAAAUACCAUCAAUUCCAAGGGAGAAAGAAUGACUGAACUAAAUUGCAUAGCAAAAACUACAUUAUGCCAGAACUGUUGUCCUAAAUCCUAAGAAGUGUGCAGGUAUGGUUUUCAUUGCAACAUAUAAAACAUUUGGUAUGGUGCUUUAAAAGAUCAGUCUCCAUAAAACACGGAGCGAAUAUCCAAUGCAUAUCCUAGUCCCAAAGAGGUCCCAUUGAAUUCAGUGGAAAUUGUCUUGAAAUAAAAAUCAAUAGGAAUGGAAUAUCCUUUUGAUUUCAGUGAAGUAGAGCUAAGUGCAUGUUUAACCCUCCCACUGAAAUGAGAGAGACUUGGGCUGGAUCUUGCCUAGUCUUCCUCUAAAUUCAAUAUUCACAGCCAGAUGAUAACAUUUAAUUUUUACAUGAGCAAUUUAUUUGGACAGAUUAUUGGGCCUUAGCUCACAUAAGCAUGAUUUCCAACUGUUUAACCAAACCCUUCUUACUGACUGUGACCCUAAUAUAAAUUUGGGACAUGUGUUAAUAAGAGUAUUGCUAGAAAAAGAGAGAGACCACCUUUCUUCUUGCACUUAACAUUUAAAUGGCACUUGCCUAACGAUCACACUCAUCACAUUGUUAGUCAACAACUGUCUCUGAAUUGUUUAAGAAGGCAUGUAAUUGGUGGUGUGUUAGCCAGGGCAUUUGGGUGUCCCCUAGUUUGUCUUUUAUUUCUUGUGUUAAUAUGGGUUUGUUAUUUUUGUAGAAGUCUGUUAGGUGGUAUAAGCCUUUGAUUUGCCAGGUUUCGAGUAGUAAAAUCAGCUGCAACUGGGCCCUUGACAACCUUCGAAAACCUAACAACAAAGGGACGGUAUCUGCAGUAUACAAAAUACUACUCCAAAAUCCCACAAACCCCCUAUAUGUAAUAAAAAAACAAUGGGGGAACGACAUAGGCUAUGAGAUUAACCCCACCUAAUGGACCAGAAUGUGGUCUAAACCUUUCAAAUCCAUAUCGGCGAAAAGAAAAGAACUCAAUCUGAAACUCACAGGUGGUACCUAACACCACGGAAACUAAUGCUAAUACAGUGGUACCUCAGGUUACAUACGCUUCAGGUUACAGACUCCGCUAACCCAGAAAUAGUGCUUCAGGUUAAGAACUUUGCUUCAGGAUGAGAACAGAAAUCGUGUUCCGGCGGCGUGGUGGCAGCAGGAGGCCCCAUUAGCUAAAGUGGUGCUUCAGGUUAAGAACAGUUUCAGGUUAAGUAUGGACCUCCAGAACGAAUUAAGUACUUAACCUGAGGUACCACUGUAAGCUCAGGAACCUCACCAAAAUGCUGGAGAGGAUGCACCUCCCCAGGCACAUACCUCCACAUGUGGUGGGAAUGUCCUAAAAUCCAAAUCUUCUGGACAUCAAUCAUACAAGAAAUAUGCAAAAUAACUAAGCAAAUAUUAGAAGGCACUCCAGAACUGGCCCUACUAAACAUCUUCCAAAACAAUAGUGCCCACUCACAACACAAAAACUGCUUUGGAAAAUCCUGGUGAAUGAUUUUCACCAAGAGAUGGAUGGUGGAGUGCAAUCCUGUUACUGCUUCUGGACUCUCAGCAGCUUUUGAUACCAUCAGCCACGGUAUCCAUGCUUUGACAAAAUGGGACGUUGACUUCCGGUUUCUGCAAAUGGCAAAAAGGAGUGCUAGUCUGAUCGUCUGACGAACUCGAGCCCCGUGGAAAUACAGGGGGAAGCACCAAGGCGAGGUGCACCCCCUUAAAAGUCUUGAGAGGGUUCUCAACGUGUUGAGAGGUCCAGCAGUCUGCAAAAGGGCUCUCCUGCGACCCUCAAACCCCUGUUCUGAGAGGAACGGGGGGGGGACCGGUGAUUGAGCCUGCGGACAUGGCAGUAUUGCAACUCUGCGGGAGCGAAGCCUCAAACUCCCCCCUGCAGCAGAGAUCUUGCGAAAACUACAUUUAAGCUGACGGAAACAUAAAGAUGAUUAAUUAUUGGAUCUAACUAGGCUGAAUUCAGCACUAGACAGAGGAAUAAAAAGAAAGUCAGAUUUCCAGCCUGUCACCUACACUUUUUUACAUUCCAGUGAAACUGUUAGGAGAGGUCAUUUGGGGGCUAGAGCAGAGGACAGCUGCAUAUUCCUGCAUUGUACAGGGUUGGACUAGAUGAUCCUCAGGGUCUCUUCCAACUCUGAUUCUAUGAAAUCACAUUUUGUAUACAGAAAACACAAUAUCUUUUGUUUUAUCUGCUUAUCCCAGGGAGGCAGUAGAUACCUUAACCAGGUAUUUGGAGGCAGUUGUAGGAUAAGGGCAAACAACUUGAAGUUAGUGGAAGACCUCUGAUCUGAUGAAGGUUUGCAGUCAGUUUUGGACCAGGCUUCCUCCAACACUGCCCCCCGGUAUGAAGUUUGGGGUACUCCUUGGUCUGUUGUCACCUAUGAAAGCACAGGUGACCUCUAUAUAGAAGGUCUGCCUUUGACAACAGUUUGGGAACUGGUGCAGAAUUAACCCCCCACCCCAAAUACUUGUGGGGGCCUGGUGGUUUGAUCAGAUCACACCAAUUUUGCAUUAGCUGCAUUGUUUUCCCAUUUAUUUCCAAGUUCAAUUUGGUACUGAUUCUGACAUGUAAACAUCAGAAUGGUAUAUAAUCUGAUGAUAUGAAGGAUUGUGUGUAUGUAGGCCCAAGAAUGUGACCAGAUGCUACGAUUGGCCUUUAAAGCCCUGGUCAAGGUCUGUUGUUCAGGUUGAUCUGGCUGGUGGGCUUUUGCGAUGAUGGUGCCAUGCUUGUUGAAUUUCCGCCCCAGGAACUAAUGCCUAGUUCUCUCGCUUGCAGCCUUUAAAUGAACACUUUCUAUGUUCAUUUAAUUUUUCAUGAUAAUUUUUCAAAUAUGAUUAUUUACACUCCUAUGUGCACAUAAUUGCAUUGUACCAAAUUAUUGUACCAAAUUAUGUGUACUAUGUGCACAUAAUUGCAUUGUACCAAAAAGUUUUGGAAUGUCAGUCUCUCUCCUUGUCUUCUGCUAUAGUACAUUACAGUGGUACCUCAGGUUAAGUACUUAAUUCGUUCCGGAGGUCCGUUCUUAACCUGAAACUGUUCUUAACCUGAAGCACCACUUUAGCUAAUGGGGCCUCCUGCUGCCACCACGCCGCCGGAGCACGAUUUCUGUUCUUAUCCUGAAGCAAAGUUCUUAACCUGAAGCACUAUUUCUGGGUUAGCGGAGUCUGUAACCUGAAGCGUAUGUAACCUGAGGUACCACUGUAAUAGCAACACUUUCCUCCCUGGAAAACAAAAGUGGCUAUUCCAUGCUUAUCAGAGGAAUUAGAAAGUGCCACAUACCUUCUGAUCUAAUGAAAGCCAUUAAGCACGUUAGAGCUAUUUCCACAUAAAACAAAAGUGCUCUGGGCAAUUAUUGCAACACCUAGAAAUGCCUUUCUGUUGAAUCAGGAGUGUUGUAAAAUGAAAAGCAAAGUUUGCAUGUUGAAACAGACAUUUUCAUCUGUGGAUGAUUUUGAACUUUGUUCACAAUUUCUAUUACAAAAGAAGAUGUGUGUUUCAGAAUCUCACUUAUAUUUUUCACUUCAAUUUUUUCCCCUAGAGCUGCAUUCCCAAACUAAUCUUGUGUUUUUUCCCGAGACUACCAAUAUGUUCAAGGCAUUUAUGCAUUAAAAAGAGGAGUUUGUUUAAAAAAUUACCAAAGCAAUAUAAGGCGAAUCAGCACUCUCAGGCUUCAUACUAGAUGCUGAUUUUGUUCUCUGCAUGUGUGAAAUAAGUGGCUUUAAGAAACAAAGUAAAUACAGAUGAGAGGGAUAGAGCAAUUCACUUUUUGUGUUGCUUAGUAAUGGCUGAAUACCUGGAUAAGGGGAUGUUUUUAAGGGAGGGAGAUAAUAACAGACAAAUUACGGGAGGCUAACUGUCAUGGAGCGUGACAGUUCAUGAGCAGGUUUCUAUUUUUAUAUGACAUAUUUUGUAUUGCUAGGCAAAUCUGCAAUGCUUGGCUAUUGAACAGCCCUUGCUUGCAAGAUUGCUAUUAGUUCUUAGAUUUUUAUUGAUGGCCACAUUGUCUGUUAUUUCAGUACAUACACAAAUGGAAGUGCAUCCUCUUCCUUUGGUCCAUUGAUUAAUAAAAUGGAAGCAUGGUGUGACUUUUAAUUCUGUAGAAAAGAAAUCUGAAACAAUACAAAACUGCUUUCUAAUGCAUUCUUAGUUACCUACACUUUACCACACGAGCGUUUUGUUCCCAUCUCUCUACCUCUCUCUGUUUUUUAUACAGAUUUUAGCAAAGCGAUGUCUCAGGCCGGUACAUCCCAAUUCCAGGAAGCGAUUAGACAAGAACUGGAAUAUUCCAUGAAAGUGGAACUGGACCAGAUACUUGGUACUGCACCACAGAAUGAACUAGAGGUAGGGACUUCAAUUAUUUAAAUGUGCAUGAGGGAAGUGCUUUUGGUAUGACUUCUAAAAAAUGAGAAGAAUAUUUGAAAUUUGGGCAGAUGAACAUUUUCAUGUUAAAUUGGUUUAAGUUGCUUUGGGUUGCCUUAGGCAAGAUAAAAUGACUAACAAAUUGAAUAAAUAAUAAAUAAAUGGAAUAAGUUCUAGACCGACAUCUUUGGACCUGCUAAUCAUGUUAAACUUAGGCCUGUUGAGAAACUCUCUUGUUCUUUGGUAUGUAGGUUCACAGGACUGUAGUAAAGUACAGUUUUAUUUAGAAUACAGUCUCUAGUAUAUUGCUUUUCAUUUUGUUGAAACUAAUGGUGUCUUAAGACUGGAUCAGCUGAUACAUUUGCCCAAACUGUGUGAUGACAGAGUGUGCUUUUUCUGCCCAGUCACUUGGGACAUUUCCCUCACUCUGACAUUGCAGACAUCUGUGCUUGGAUAUUAUGAGACAUCAGUAGGACAUUGUUGGAUGUUACACAGUGGAAAAUCCCAAGAUGACUACAAGCUCUACAUGUAUAACUUGCAUAACUGGGUGGAUGGGCAACAAGUAGCAGAUGAGAACCAGUGUAAGUGCAGACUGAUGCAUUUGGGGACAAGUUUCCCAGCUUCACAUGCACAGGAUCUAAUUAGCUGUAACUACCCUGUGAAGCUCACUGAAGUGAAAACAAAGCAAAUUCCAGAUUUCAAAUUAGAUAAGGGACUGGAAAUUAAAACAGCAAGUAUUAGAAUAUUAUACAAAUCAGAGAUGCAGUUAAUUUAGUAUAUUAUGUGUAGUUCAGGUAGUUGGUUGUAUUUUCAAAAAGGAUGAUGUACAGCUAGUAAAGGCCAUCUAAAAUAAAUAUGGAAUUAGAGAGCUUUUCUUGCCAGGAAAGGCUAAGGUGGCUGGGACUUCAUAGUUUAGAGAAAAUACUCCUAAGAGAAGAAGUUACAUCUUUGAACUUAGUAAAGAAACUCUUUUUUUUAAUUUCUAAGAAAUCUUUGCAACACCCUUGUAACAUAAUCUAGAAGUGCAUUCAAACCAUAAUACAGUGAACAAAUUUGCCCUUGCUUUUAUUUAAAAAUUAUAAACUGCUUGACUCUUAAGAAAAAAACACAAAGUGGUUUGAUGUCUUGUGAGCUGCCUCCCUCCUGCCAUGAGGUGGUGAAAGUGACUUUUUCUCCCUUGAAAACUACCCAGAGCUAAAGAGGAAAGUUGGAAGAGUGACACUCAUUUCCUCUUUUAACUUACAUGUGCUUUUCAGGGCUCAGAAUUAUUCUGCUGGAUCCAUCUUUUACCCAGUUAUAUUGGGAAAACAAAGUAUUUGUGCGCUUUCUGUCUCUCUUGGGGAGGGGAGAGAAGUAACCAGAUGUGGCGAUGCCCAUGGCACUUGCUCAAAAAUGCAUGUCUGUUCAUGGGUGUAUAAAGAUUGUUGACCACUCUCAUAAUUAAGUAAAAUUAAAAAACAUUAACAAAAUGUGAAAUGGAACAAAAACCCCUUGACCACCAUCCUAAAAGGAAAACGUGAGUUGGGACUGCUAUAACCAUCAUUGGGGGAAGGGUCCCACAAUUAAGGCACUCCCAUAAAAAAGGAGUGGUGUGACAUUUAUGAAAGAUUAGAAGUGAGAAUGGAGCAUUUGUUUCUUGACAAAACUAAUAAUUGACAUGGAAUUCCCUAAAAGAUGUGAUGGGUACUAGGUGAGAUAGCUUUAAAGAAGGAAUAGACAAGUGUAUUAAUGUUGGGUUUAUCAACAGCUAUUGGAAUCUGGUUAUACCUCUGAGUCUCAAAGUUUCUUGAAAGUUUGAUGGAAGAGAACCCACCAGUCUCUUUUCCAUUAUAGGGUCUGUUUAAUUUAAUGGGAAUUGUAAAGAAACUUGGUUUCACUGGGGCUUGCAUUGGAGUUAAUAGACACUUGUGCUCUUGGCUAAUACUACUUUUUAAAAAUUUGCCCUCUCAUGUCUUCUUUCAGCACACCAAGAAAGAUCUAGAAGGGUUUAAAAAGCUCUUUCACAGAUUCUUACAAGAAAAGGGACCUUCUGUGGACUGGGAAAAGAUCCAGAGGCCUCCAGAAGAUUCUGUAAGUUGCAACAUUAUGUGAAUAACCCCACUGCAGUGGAUUUUGUUUGUUUUGUGACUCCUCACCCUUUGCUUGCUGAAUGGGCUGUAAAACCUUCCAGCAACCAAGUUUCCACCAACCAGUGUUCUUCCUCUACAUGCUACAUUGAAGUCAAUAAAUCGCAUGACACACCAGCAGCUCACUAUCCUCAAGAUGUGAGGUGGUCUCCAUCAAUUAAGAGAUCGUAGCCAAUAUUGGCAACUGACCCCUGGGUGGUGGAGAUUGUUUCCAAAGCUUUCCUCCUCCUCCGCUGACAGCACCUCUCCCAACUGCGGCUCCUGUGCCUGCCCUUGCGAGAGGCGGGCUGCAGCGGUGGGACCAGCAGCGAGAAAGGGCUCCUUUCGGGCCGCUCGUCCCGCCACCGCUGCCCGCCUCACUGAAGUACCGUAUUUUUCGCCCUAUAGGAUGCACCGGCCCAUAGGACGCACCUAGAUUUUGGGGGGGAGAAAUAAAGGGAAAAAAAUUAUUUUCCCCCCCCAGGCGCAGGGCUGGGGCGGGGGAAGCCCGAGCUUCCCCUGACCCCAGCCCCCAGAACGGGACCCAGAGUGAUGCUGAAGAGGGGAGGGUGAAGUGUGGGAGCUGAGACCACCUGCUGCUUAUUCUCGUCAGGAUAAACCAUGAUUUAAUCUCCGCAACAGGGUGAGCUCCCGUUGCUCGGUCCCUGCUCCUGCCAACCUAGCAGUUUGAAAGCACGUCCAAGUGCAAGUAGAUAAAUAGGUACCGCUCCGGCGGGAAGGCAAACAGCAUUUCUGUGUGCUGCUCUGGUUCGCCAGAAACGGCUUAGUCAUGAUGGCCACUUGACCCGGAAGCUGUACGCCGGCUCCCCCAGAGUCGUCCACGACUGGACCUAACAGUCAGGGGUCUCUUUACCUUUACAUUUAUGUUGUACGUCAAAGGUACUGUUAUAAUGAAAUUUUGUGUCUUAGAUGUGACUUUAAAUAAAAACAAACAUGUGCAAUUGAAUAUCUCUAAUCUCAAUGUUAACUUUUUAAAAAACAACAACUUUGUUUUGAAUCUUUAUUCUGGCAGUGGGAAAGAUAGAUGGAUCCUAACCUCAUUUGAAUAGUAUGGACCAUGAAGUCAUAUGCAACUAUGGCUUGUUUUCAGCCUGAAACUACUUUAUCAGACAUGUAAUUUUAAAAGCUGUGAUCUGCUUCACUGAGCUUUACCAGUUAUAAUUCAUUUUGAGAUAGUCACAAUCAUGUGCAUUACAAGCCAAAAUGGUGUGUCAGUUGAAACCUGCAGAGUAUUUGAAACAGCUGUUUUGGUUCUUGUCUUGCUCUGAAUGCUUCACAGUGACCUCAUUUAUCUCUUUGGAUUCAUAGCCUCCCCUUCACCAUAAUUCAGUAAAAUGAUUUUAAUAAAAAUUAAAAGAACAGUUAAAGCCAGCAAUGCUACUACAAACCCAAAAUUUAAAAAAAGAAACAUAGGUGUUAAAAGAUUAGAAAAGGGAAGGUCACACAAAUGGAAAAACAUGGAAGUUUGCAGUGAAAAAUCAAACUAUACUUAACAAUAAAUGGUUAUUGAUUGCUUUUAUUGAAGCCUGGGGCCAGGAAAGGUACUUUGUGAUUGAAUUGCUAAGGGGUAGGGUGAAAAUUUCAUCUAGUAUCUAACAUUAUUGUUAACAAACUCUUUAAAGCUUGUCUUUAAAGUUUUACUAUAAAGUUUUCAAUAAGAGAAUUGGCAAAUGUGAAGUAGCUACAGUGAGUAAAAUUAUGAAACCCUAAAAAAUUAACAUGCUUAUGAUACAGACAGGCGACACUCUUACACGUCUGUUAGUGUAUCUGAACAAUUAACACACAUAGUAGCCAAUAAACUAGUAGAAAUUGAAAAUGACACACUUGAAAAACAACUUAUCUUUGUGGAGUGGAAGUUAUUACUCCCAGCUUAAAAUACAAUGAAUUGUUAACUUUAACUAGGAUGGCAUACUGCUAGCAAAGCUAAAAUGCGUUUAGACGUAUCUUUAGUUUAGAGCCUCCUGCUGAUUUAAUACUUCUAAAGAAUUUCAGAUCUGAACAGUAACUUAAACUCUGUUGUAUUAUUUUUUAAACAUACAAGACACUUCAACCAUGUAAAUAACAUGAAUAAUUCUUAAAAUCCAUUGUUUUCAUUUCAGAUACAACCGUAUGAGAAGAUAAAAGCGAGGGGGUUGCCUGAUAGUGUUGCUUCAGUCUUAAACAAGCUGGUUGUAGUGAAACUGAAUGGUGGUUUGGGCACCAGUAUGGGGUGUAAAGGCCCCAAAAGUCUUAUUGGUGUGCGAAAUGAGAAUACCUUCUUGGAUCUCACAGUUCAGCAGAUUGAGGUAACUUGUUAUUGUUUUCUCUUCGUUAAUAAAUCUUUAUAGUAGGGGCCUUUAGGUUGCUGCUGAAUUAUCUCCAACUCCCAUCAUCCCAGACAGUUGACCAUGCAGUCUGGGGCUGAUGGGAGCUGGAGCUACCUCUGUUUUAUAGAAAAUGUGAGUUGUGCAGGCACUAUAAUUUUUCAGUUAUAUAGGGUUACUUCCCUGGGACAAAUGGUUUAUGAAAUAUUGGUACUCUAUCUUGAAAAUUUCCCUCCAAGUGUCCAACCAAAAUUGAUAAGCCUGCUUUGAAAGUGAAAGGCUAGUUUUUUCUUUGUUUUGAUGAUACGCCUUUUCCAAAGCAAUGGACAUUGUAUUUUGUUAACUUUCUCGUUCAUUGUUGAUCAUGGAAAGCAACAAGGAUUUAUACUAGUGCUUAAGUUUAAUCAUCCCCUCUGAAGGAGAGUGAUAAAGAGGGCAGCUGCUGAAAAUGAUUUUGAAGAAUUUUGUGGAAAUUUGAAGUUUCAUAUACUUAAUUUUUUUUAAUACUUUUCAGGUUUAUACAUUUCACUGAUUUUCAAUCAUGUUGACAUUUCAAAACUUGACUUCCUUUCCCUUCUUUCUGUGAUUCCUUAAAUUUAUUUUUAAUAUCUUCUGCAUAUCCUAAUUAACUUAAUUUGCUCAUUUAUUCAUCUUCUUUAAAUAUAUACUCUUUUGAAACUGCAGGUUAUUACAAUAAUCCUGUCAAUGUUCUUAUCUGUUUACAAUUUAUCUGUAAAUAUUCAAUAAACCAUUUCCAUUCUUUUAUAAAAAGUUUCUUAUCUUGAUUUCUUAUUUUUCUGGUAAGUUUCGCCAUUUCUGCAUAUUCCAUAAGUUUUUGUAUUUAUUCUUCCUUUGCUGGGACUUCUACUUCUUUCCAUUUUAGGGCAAGUAACAUUCUUGCCACUGUAGUCACCUACAUGAAUAAGUUUCUAUACAAUUUAGAUAGUUCCGUCCCUAUUAUUCCCAAGAGAAAAGCUUCUGGGUUUUUUACGAACGUUAUUUUAAACACCCUUUUCAUUUCAUUAUAUAUCAUUUCUCAGUAAGCCUUACUACAAAACCACCACAAAUGAUAAAAAGAACCUUCUUUCUCUUUACAUUUCCAACACUUAUUUGAUUUAGAUUUGUACAUUUAAAUCGGUUUACUCGGUGUUAGAUACCAUAGAUACAUCAUUUUCAUAUAAUUUUCUCUAAAACCAUAACAUGCUGUAAUUUUUAUAUCCGUAUUCCACAAUUGUUCCCAUGCUUCCAUGUCUAUAUUAUGACCAGUAUCUAUUGCCCAAUGUAUCAUUGAAGAUUUUACUUGCUUGUCCUUUGUCUCCUAUUCCAAUUUUACACAUUAUAGACAGCACUUUUAUAUUAUAUUCCAACAGAUCUCUCUCCAGUUGGGAUAUUUGUUCCCCAAAUCCUCAUAUCCUGUUAUUCUUAAAUACUUCAUUCAAAUGAUGAUAUUGUAUCCAUGUUGUUAAUUCCUUAAAUUAUUCCUUAAAUUAUUUUAAUUGAUACCCUCUUGUUUUAAUAAAUUUCUAUAAGUUGUCCAGGGAUGCGGGUGGCGCUGUGGGUUAAACUACAGAGCCUAGGACUUGCUGAUCAGAAGGUCAGUGGUUUGAAUCCCCAUGACGGGGUGGGCUCCCGUUGCUCGGUCCCUGCUCCUGCCAACCUAGCAGUUCGAAAGCAUGUCCAAGUGCAAGUAGAUAAAUAGGUACCGCUCUGGCGGGAAGGUAAACGACGUUUUCGUGCACUGCUCUGGUUUGCCAGAAACAUCUUAGUCCUGCUGGCCACAUGACCCGGAAGCUGUACGCCGGCUCCCUUGGCCAAUAAAGCGAGAUGAACACCGCAACCUCAGAGUCGGCCACGACUGGACCUAAUGGUCAGGGGUCCCUUUACCUUUAUAAGUUGUCCACCCUUCUAUCAUUUUUUUUUCUUUACCUCUAUAGCUUCCAACAGUGAGAGCCAAAGUAGUAUUUUAACUCUAAUAAAUUAUUAUAUUUUUCCCAUAUUCUAUACAUAUUUUUCCCAUACUCUAUACACAUUUUUCCUAAUUAUAUGAUUUGUAAAUCCUUUAUGAACUUUCACCUCUUCAUACCAUAAAUAAGCAUGCCAACCAAAAAUAUUGUCAUGACCUAAGUCUAGAAUAUGUGAAUUCUCUAAUGUCAUCCAUUCCUUCAGUCAACAAAGACAGGAUUCCUCAUAGUAUAGUCUCAUAUCUGUCAGGGAAAACCUCUUUCUUUUGCAUCUAUCAAUAUUUUAUAUUUUAUAGGUUUUUCCCCUUGCCAAAUAUAUUCAGAAAUAUCCUUUGGCCGACUUCCGAGGGGCGGCGCGAACGGCAAUGGCGGUCCUCUUCUGAAAGGGAGAGGAGGCUCCGCAGAAAACGGGUCGUCCGCUACGGCGAAGCGGAGACCCACUCUGGAAAACCCCAGGCAGCAAGAGCUUGGGGUCCUGAGGCUCGGUGGGCGCCUUAAGUGACCCUCCAAACGCAGAAGGAACCUCGUAAGGGGCUCCGGAGCGUGGAGGGGGGUUGCGGCGCUGAGAGCUGCUUCACAGUCUGCGGAGUGAAGCCGCGCUGCUGCUGCCGGUGAGCGCUGAUCCUUUUUCCUGCUAAAACACGGAUUCGGACGAAAAGCAACUUACUCGUGAGUAAAGACUGAAUCACUUGAAAUCAGAGACUUUAUAUGAAAACCUUAAAUUGGCUUGAACUUGGCUGAAAGCGGAGAGACGUGGAAACAGGAAGUCCGUCUUCCGCAGCCAUUGAACUUGAAAAAAGCAACUAAGUUGGAGGAGUGGAGGCUGAAAGGAAGAGAUUUUAAACUUUACAGAUCUAAGCAUCUACUGAACCUGCAAUUUAAAGUAAAGACUUUAAGCUAAAGACUUGGAAUUUUAACUUGCACUUUACUUUCACCUUUUAUUGGAUUACAAAUUAGAAGGUGAAACCCAGAGUCAGGAGCUGCCUGAGCAUUGAGAAAUUGAGCUGUCAGUAUUGCAGAUUUGGAUACUGUAUAUUGGAACUUGCAACAAUCUGAGGGUAUUGAGACUUUUUAAAUUUGAAACAUUCUUUUGGAGACAAAUAAGCACUGUCUGUAACAAAGUGACUACUUAUAAACUCUGCUAAAUAUUUAUAUUUGAAGGUUCUUGGACAUUAAAUUAGACUCUGAAAGACAUUUUAAGCUCCCUCUAGAGGACUGGAUGAAAACAGUGACUUUACAUUUACAUUUACUUUCGAUUCCCUUGUUGUUUGCUUGCUCUGGGCCUUUCUAUUCCCAUGGGAAAAACUCAGUGUGACCUUGACUGAUAGACAACGUUGGAAUGAGUGGCACAAGGAAAAGAGGGAGAGUUAGACAAACAACUUUAACAACUCUAACCUCAGCCUCGCAGACACGUAGAUCAUCUGUACCUACUUUGCCCUCAGAAGUAGAACUUGAAGAAGUUGCCUUGCCACAGGCAAAAGAGGGAGAGGGUGAAGCAGAGCAGUUACAAUUGGAAGAUAUGGCCUCAGGAGUAUCUGUUUCUGUUCUAGACAAAAUCUUUGAAAAAUUGGAAGCUUUGGACAAGAAAGUAGAUGCGCAAUCAGCAAAGAUUGACAAAAAUACAGAAUGUCUAAAUAAAUUAACCAUACAAGUUGUACAGAAUACACAAGCAAUUGGACAGUUAACGGAGGCCUCAGCAGAAAAUCGGAAACUGGCUGAGGAUACUAGACAAAAAUUGGAAAAUUUAGAGCAAGAGGUAAGGCCACUCACCAAACAAGUUGGGGAACAUCAGACUUAUCUUUCCAUGAUAGAACUGCGAAAUCGUGAGAAUAAUUUGAGGAUUAGAUCAUUACAAGAGGCAGAAGAAGGAAAUUUAACUGAGUUUUUGACCAAAGAAGUUUCCAAGUUCUGGAAUUUGGAAGAAAAGGAUUUUAAAAUUGUGUCGGCUUUCAGACUUGGAAGAUUCACAAAGAAGGAGAGGCCCAGAGACUGUUUGAUUACAUUGAGAUCAAAGGAGGAAAGGGAUAAGAUUUUGGGCCUACAUUACGGAAAGUCACUGGAGGUUCUGGACAGAAGAAUUGAAAUUUAUAAAGAUAUUCCAAGACAACUGCUGGAUCUUAGAGCCGCCUAUUCUGAACUUGCUAAACUACUAAGGAGCAACGCAAUUCCAUUUAGGUGGGAAUUUCCACAAGGAAUAUCUUUUACCUUUAAAGGGAGAAAGGUCAAAGUUAGAACAUUGGAAGAGAGAGACAAAUUUUUGGCUACAUACGGAGAGGACCUUCAAAAGGCAGUGAAUUACCUUCUGGGCCUGGGGCAAAGCCAGUAUCAACACCAGCACCUGGGGAACCUGAAGAUCCAGAGAAGACACCACCCCUGGAGAAAUAACCAGAUAGAUCCAGGAUGUCUCUGCAAUUGCUGAGUUGGAACAUUAAUGGUUGUAACAUUCCGGAAAAAAAAAAGAACAAUUGGACAUCAUCUGUUUACAAGAAACACAUGUGACGAGGCUCCACAGAAAAGUGUUAAUAAAUAAAAGAUUGGGCCAGGAAUUUGUUUCGUCGGACAAAGUUAAGAAGAGAGGCGUGGUGAUAUAUGCAAAAGAGAGCCUGUCACCUAAAUUCUUAUUUAAAGAUGAACAUGGAAGAAUUUUGGCCAUUGAGAUACAAUAUCAAGGAGAGAAACUGUUGAUAUUAGGAAUCUAUGCACCUAACGAAGGGAAAUCGGAAUUUUACAAGAAGCUGCAGGGGACAAUGCUGGAAUAUCUGGAUUACAACAACAUCAUAAUGAUGGGAGACAUGAACGGGGUCGUGUCAACUAACAUGGACAAGUCACAAAGUCAAAAUGUUACAAAAGACGGCAGACUACCUUAAUCCUUUUUUGAAAUGACUGACAAUAUGGAUUUGAUUGACAUUUGGAGGACAAAGAACCCACUAGGUAGAGAAGGAACAUUCUUUUCUGAAGCCCAACUGACCUGGACAAGAAUCGACCAAAUAUGGAUUUCCAGAGGCCUGGCACCUAAGGUCAGAAAAGUGGAAAUCUGCCCAAAGACCUGCUCUGACCAUAAUGCAGUAAAGAUGGAUAUGACACUACUACCAACUGGAUCCUUUAGAUGGAAGAUGAAUGACAAUUUGUUUAGAGAUCAGGAAAUUACCAAGAAGGCCCAAAAAGUUUUGAAGGACUAUUUUGAGAUAAAUAUGAACAAUUCGGUGGAAAAAAAGAAUUGUCUGGGACGCAAGCAAAGCUGUAAUGAGGGGAUUCUUGAUACAACAGAAUGUAGUAAAGAAAAGAACACAAAAUGAGAAAAAGAUAAAAUCUUGGACAAAUUAAAAGAAUUAGAGAAGAAAUUAAGAGCGAAUCCAAAGUCACAGCCAACUCUGAGAGAAAUUAAACUCUAUCAAACACAAUAUUCUAAAUUGAUAAAUCAGGAAAUUGAAUGGAAGGUUAAAUUAAUGAAACAAAAACGUUUGAGUCGGCGAAUAAAUGUGGAAAACUGCUAGCUUGGCAGUUGAAGAGAAGACAAAGAUUAAACACGGUUACAAAUUUAGAGGUUGAUGGAAAAAACAUUCAGAAUCCAGUGGAUAUUAGAAAGUGUUUCCAGAGAUAUUUUAAAAAUUAUACACCCAAGGGCCGCAAGACGAAGUUGAGAUUAAACAAUUUUUGGCAAAAAUGGACUAUCUAAAUUGUCACAAGAAAAUAGGACAAUCCUGAACUCUAAAAUAACACGACAGGAGAUUGAACAAGCUAUUCAGAACAUGCAACUUGGCAAAUCUCCAGGGCCAGAUGGGCUGACCUCCAAGUAUUAUAAGAUAUUAAAAGACUAUUUGAUACAACCCUUGAUGGAGGUCAGCAAUGAAAUUAUCGAGGGAAGAGGGCACCGGAUUCGUGGAAGGAAGCGUUCAUCACAUUAAUACCAAAGUCAGAAGCUGAAAAGACACAACUGAAGAACUACCGUCCCAUCUCUCUUUUAAAUGUGGAUUACAAAAUAUUUGCAGACAUUUUGGCAAGUAGAUUUAAAAAGUAUUAAAUGAAGUAAUUCAUAAGGACCAGGCCGGUUUUCUCCCAGGUAGACAUCUGUUUGCUAACACAAGGAACAUUAUUGACAUCUUGGAACUUCUGCAAACAGAUAUAAAUACAAAAGCAGUUUUAAUUUUUAUAGAUGCGGAGAAGGCCUUUGACAAUAUUUCCUGGAAAUUUAUGAUGGGAAAUUUAAAAGAGAUGGGAGUGGGACGGGGUUUUGAGAAUGGGAUUGAGGCGAUAUAUUCAGAACAGAAAGCUAAACUGAUAGUUAAUAAUGUGGUUACAGAAGAGUUUAAAAUUGAAAAAGGGACACGACAAGGUUGCCCUAUUUCCCUUUGUUAUUUAUUUCGGUUCUGGAAGUGCUACUGAACAUGAUUAGAGGGGAUCGGUUGGUGGAAGGAAUUCAGGUUGGUCAGAAACAAUAUAAACUAAAAGCUUUUGCAGAUGACCUGGUUUUGACCUUGCAGAAGCCAGAGCCCAGUACGAAAAGAGUAUUACAAUUGAUUAAUGAUUUUGGUCGGGUGGCGGGAUUUAAAUUAAAUAAACAGAAAACUAAGGUUUUGGGGAAAAAUUUGACUGAUACAGAGUCAGAACGGUUUCAGAAUGAGACGGAACUUAAUGUGGUUAAAAAGUAAAAUACCUAGGGGUAAACAUAACAGCAAAAAAUCUAAGUCUAUUUAAGGAUAACUAUGAAAAAUGUUGGACAGAAAUUAAGAGAGACUUAGACAGUUGGUCAAAAUUGAAACUUUCUUUGUUAGGCCGAAUUGCUGCUAUUAAGAUGAAUGUAUUGCCAAGGAUGUUGUUUUUAUUUCAAACACUUCAGGUUUUGGACAAAACGGAGUGCUUUCAGAAGUGGCAGAGAGAUAUUUCGAAGUUUGUCUGGCAGGGCAAAAGCCCAGAAUCAAGUUUAAGAUAUUAACUGAUGUAAAACAAAGAGGGGCUUUGCCCUGCCGGACUUAAAGUUGUAUUAUGAAGCCGCAGCGUUCUGCUGGCUAAAAGACUGGCUACUUCUUGAAGACACUGAUGUGUUGGACUUGGAAGGGUUUAAUAAUGUUUUUGGAUGGCAUGCAUAUUUAUGGUAUGACAAAGUUAAAGCAAAUAAGGCCUUCAAGAACCAUAUUGUCAGAAAAUCAUUGUAUAAUGUCUGGACAAAAUAUAAAGACUUGCUGGAAAAUAAAACACCAAGGUGGCUUUCACCUUUGGAAGCUAAGGCCCGAAAAAGACCCAAUAUGGAGGCUAAAUGGCCAAAAUAUUGGGAAAUACUAGAAAAGAUGGAGACAAUUGGAAAUUGCAGAGUUUGGAGAAAAUGAAAGACAAAGUGCGAGAUUGGUUACAUUACGCUCAGAUUAAAGAAGUUUUUAAAAAUGAUAAGAAACUAGGGUUCCAGGUGGAGAAAUCGAAAUUAGAAACAGAAUUGUUAGAACCAAAGACUAAGGUACUUUCAAGGAUGUAUAACUUGCUGUUGGAAUGGAAUACACAAGAUGAAAUGGUUAAAUCGGCUAUGAUAAGGUGGGCACAGGACAUUGGGUAUAAUAUUAUGUUUGAGGACUGGGAAAAGUUGUGGAGUAAUGGAUUGAAAUUUACUGCAUGUAACGCUCUGAAAGAAAAUGUAAUGAAAAUGAUUUAUAGAUGGUAUAUGACCCCAGUUAAACUUGCAAAAAUUUACCACCUGUCUGAUAAUAAGUGUUGGAAAUGUAAAGAGUGUGAGGGAACGUUCUUCCACCUCUGGUGGACCUGCCCUAAAGUGAAGGCGUUCUGGGAAAUGAUUUAUAAUGAAUUGAAAAAGGUAUUUAAAUAUACCUUUACCAAGAAACCAGAGGCUUUCCUUCUGGGUAUUGUCAGCCAAGGGGUGGCAAAGAAGGACCAGACAUUUUUAUGUAUGCAACAACAGCAGCAAGGAUACUUCUUGCAAAACAUUGGAAAACUCAAGAUUUACCCACACUGGAAGAAUGGCAGAUGCAACUGAUAGACUACAUGGAACUGGCUGAAAUGACCGGCAGAAUCCGUGACCUGGGAGAAGAGAGAAUCGAGGAGGAUUGGAAGAAAUUUAAGAACUAUCUACAAAAAUAUUGUGAUUUGAGUGAAUGCUAAAUAAGAUGCUAGACUAAAUAACUGAGCACCACUUAACUUAGAAGUUUUUAAGAAAAUAAGUAAGACUGUGAAAGUUUAACUCUUUAUGAGAACUAUAAGAUUAUGAAACAUUGAAGAGAUAUAAGAAUUUAAAUAAGAUGAUAAAUUGCUGACAAAAUGUUAUAACGAUGAAAGUGGGAGCGGGGGAUGUGAGGAAGUCCAAAGAAAAUGUGAAACUAUGUUAAGACAAAUGUUAUAUUGUUUAUUACGUUUAUUUUUAUUGUAAAACCCAAUAAAUUGCUUUAAAUAGAAAUAUCCUUUGGCCAUGUGUUUCAAUCUGUCUUGCAAUCACCAGAAUCGACUGAAACAGAAAUACCAUUCUUGGUCAUACAUUCAUCUUUAUAGUCGACAGUCUACUUAAUAGUGAAAGAUUAAUUCUAUUCCAAUUUGAAAAAAGUAUUUUAAUAUCUUCCCAGGUUUUUAAAUAAUUAUCUUUAUACAAAUUUAUAUUAUUUGCUGUUAAUCAUACACCUAAAAUACUUUACCUUUUUUCAGUCUUUAAACCAGAUACAUCUUGUAAUUUGUUUUUACUCUCAUCAUUCAUAUUUUUAACCAAGAGUUUGUUUUUAACUUUAUGAAGGAUUUCAUAUCAUGAUGAGGUUUUGGGUUUGUAUUGAUUAUGUCAUGUAUGACAUUAGUCUAAAAAAACUUUUGGAGUAGAGAUAUUCUCCUGCCAUUAUUCAUCACUUAGCAGAUGCAUUUUUUCAAAAGGCAUUUGAGAUGUUUUGCUGUUGACUCUAUAUGUACUCUGUUCUCUGUUAAUUUCAGACUUGGAACAUGUUCAGAAAUAGGUGGGACACUUGAUGUUAGCAAAAAGGAAAUGAAGCAUAUUUUCAAUAAUAUAAUAUCAAAGAGCGCAGCUGUUGCACUUGGUGGCCACUGUAAAUGAAACUGCAAGUUUUUUGUGACAGGCAAGUUUCAUGAAGGCUUAGAAAGCUUCAGUAUGUGACUGAGAUGCUGGCACACGGUUUGCCACCUGUGGUCACAGCAGCUACAUGAAGUUGUGUAGCUUAUACUUUCAAAAUAUAAGCAAGCUUGCAGAAACUCAUCCUUCUCUACAAAUCAGUUCAAAAUAGGUUUUGAGUUGGGCUUUCAUGUAUUAUGUUGUAGAAUGAGAACUGCUAAGAAUUUUUUUUGGGGGGGGGGGGGACCACCAGAUUAAUUGAGAAGGCAUAGUAGAGUGGCAGAAAUGCAGGAAAUAGUCUGGCUGCUAUCAUGUCCUUUUUGUAGUAUGUGACCUUCCGGGUGUUUUUUACUUGCUUUGUUUUUAAGAAACCCAAUCAUCAUAACUUCUCGUGCAUAAAACUACUUACCCAAAAGGUGUAAAAUUGAGCAGUUAUGUAAAAACAACAACAUUAAUUAAAAGACAAUGAAAUUGAGAUUCCAUUCUUCAUUGCAAUCAUUGCAAUUGUUUCUGAGUAGUUACAGUGAAACAUUUGAAGAGGGCAGCAGGGAGGGUCAGUGAAGUGCCCACUGUGGAUCUAAUUCAGAGCAAAAUAGAUAGUAACUGACUGAGAAGGUCCUCAGAAGUAGAUUGAAGUUGUUGGGCUCAUUCACAUUAGAGGAGGUGAUUCCUGAGAAAUCUUUGAUUCUAGGGCUUUUUUUAGUCUAAAGUCAUUGAAGAUUAUAAAGAACCAGCAUGAUACGGUCUGGUGUCCUGGCCUAAGCAGAAACCUGAUCUCAUUACAGUCAUACCUCGGGAUAAAUAGGCUUCAGGUUGAGCCUUUCGGGUUGCGCUCCAUGGCGACCUGGAAGUAACGGAGUGCGUUACUUCCGGGUUUGGCCACUUGCACAUGCGCAGACGGUCAAAAUGACGUCAUGCGUGGAAGCGGCGAACCGCGCACGCGCAGAUGCGCUGUCGCGUCUUACGAUCUGUUCAGGAUGCGAACGGGGCUCCAGAACAGAUCCCGUUCGCAUCCUGAGGUGCCUCUGUAUUUCAAAUAUUUAUAAUUUGCCCUUUAACAAAGCUCUUAGAGUUGACUAAAAUACAAAAUGCAAGUCCUAAAAAAAAUGAAGCAAUCUCAGUCUUUGGGGCAGCAAUAAAAAACUAGAAACAUAUAAAACUGCUUUUGCCAUUGGUCCAUCUAAUUCAAUAUCGUCUACACUGACGGGGUUUCAGAUAAGCGACUCUCCUAGUCCUACCUAGAGAUAUUGGAACUUGAACCUGGCACCUUCUGCAUGCACAGCAGAGGUUCUGUCACUGAGUUGUGGCCCAAACUGAACAUACCUUGCCUUUUUUCCCUAUGGGGACUCAAGGCAUAUAAAAAUAAGAACUGCUAAAAACAUAGAAAAAGCUCAUUAAAAAAACUGUUAAACAUGGAUAGAAGUAAAACAAUAAACACAUAUAAAAUCUACUAAAACUAAAACUAUACCAAUAAUUACAAUAAAAACAUCAUGGCACCUGCCUGUUCAACAAAAACAGUCAGUUCCCCAAAGGAGUCUUCACCUGCCAGCAGAAGGACAACCAUGAGGGAGCCAAUCUAGCUUCUCCCGGGAGGGAGUUCCAGAGUCUGGGAGCAGCCGCUGAGAAGGACCUCUCCUGUGUGCCCACCAAGCAUGCCUGUGCGGGGGGGGGGGGGAACCAUCAGAAGGGCCUCCUUCCAAGAUCUCAGAACCUGGACAGAUUUGUAUGAGGGAAUACAGUAUUUCAGAUAGCCUGGCCCUAAGACCUUUGGAUUGUGCUCAGAAAACCAUAACAAUAUAAUACUGAAAUCACACUAAAAUAUUGACACAGUUACUAGUUAGACAGAUGCCUAGCAAAAAUUAAUAAGCAGCCCAUCAAAUACUACCAAAUGCCUGGAAGAAGACUCUUAAAUUGAUGCUGAAAAUAUAAUACGGUCUAUGCUAGGUGGCCCUUAGUAAAUGAAUUUCUAGUAUUUAUGGAGGAGGGGACUAGGAUAUACCCAGGGUUGGAACUCAAGGGAACUCAGUUCCGGUACCUCUCAGUUGGGCGCCAUUGCCAUUAUAAGAGCAGAAGGGAGGCAUUUAUGGUGAGUUCCAGCAUCUGUUUUUCUAGAAAAAUAGCAAUGGCUAUACCUUCCCAUGUGCUAUAACUAUUAUAUCUACUUUACUGCUUAUGUAAAUAAUGAAACUAUGUGACACACAACUGCUUUUUAGAUAGAUUUUUAGCUUUAUUGAAAUUGUGUGUGACGGUGGAUUGAUGUGAAAGUAUUUAGCUGGUUAGAGUUACAACAUUCUCAAUGCUAGCUUAAGCAUUUUAUAAGCUCCUGCAGAAACUUUGUUUUUAUUUCUACCAUUUGCAUGGAAAGCUGGGGAGACUUUACAUUUAUUGAAAAUAAGAUUUAAAAGAUGGAUAUUUCAAUUUCCUUCGAAAGGUAUUUAUUUCUCUGUCUCAAGCUGGGGAACAAACUGUGGCUGUUAUGUGUCACAGUUUUCCCUAUAGUUAUUCUCUUGGGUGGUGACGGCGGCAUUGUGUGUGUGUGUGUGUGUGUGUGUGUGUUUUAAGCAGUUCAGUAGGAAUCUAUUCUGCUAAUUUCUUCUGACUUCUGUCCAUUGGACCCAAGAAUGUAUUCUUUGAUCAUUGUCCUUGAGUAAAAGAUGAUACAGAGAGUUAUUUUAAGAUGGCAAAAUUAAUAUAAUAAUCCAGUAGUUCUUUCCAAAUGUUUUUAUUUCUUUACAGCAUCUAAAUAAAACCUACAAUACAGAUGUUCCUCUGGUUCUAAUGAACUCAUUCAACACUGAUGAAGACACAAAAAAAAUAUUGCAAAAGUACAGCCACAGCCGUGUGAAAAUCUACACUUUCAAUCAAAGCAGGUAUUGACAGCACUUGGUUUUAGGUCAUAAAAGCUACAUGACUAGAUGCAAGAAAGGCAUAUUCUGUAUAUCCAUUAUAUCUUAACCCCUCCCAAUUUACUUCGAUUUGGGCAAUUUGAAACAACUGCUUGAGGUCAUUCUCUUCCCUUACCUCUUCCCCUGUAUUCUUGCAAUGUUGUGGGAACUCACAUCACUUUUCACUAUGUAGCUUGACCAUCCAUCUACAGUGUUCGAGGCAUUUUUAAGCAGCCCUUGCCCCUAUAUGUUGAUUUUAAAUUGUCCUUUGAGAUUAAAGGAUCAAAUUCAGAAGUACACACUUUUUCUGUGAGCAGAAAGUCAUAGCCACAUGUAGUAUAACUAAGUUGUAGCUGAUGUUUGGAGUUAAUUUAUUUAAAGAAUUUAAAAACCCACUCUUCAGCAAGAAAAAAGAAAGAAAAAGCUUUCAGAACAGCUUAUAGGUCACUACAAACCUAUCUCAGCCAUUAGGCUUGCAAUCUAAAAAUGCAAAAAGAAAAGAAAAAAGAAUUGGAAGAGAGGAGGAAAUAAGCUAACUCAGAUACAACUUCUUGGUUAAAAGUUCUUCUAAUGACCAGCUGGGGUGAAAGAAUUAGAUGAGAAGAGGAGCAAAAAGAGUAUUUUGGCGUUUUGUUUUUUAGGGGUUUUUGUUGGUGGGGGAUAUUAAUUUUAUAUGUUCAUGUGGAAAUUGUUUUAAUUUGGUUGUGUGAUUUUUUUAUUUAUUGUUUAUUCCUACUUUUGUCAUGUUUGUAAUUAUUUUUUCCUGCAUAUUGUAAGCUGCAUUGAGCAUGGUUUAAACUAUGGAAAGGCGGCAUACAAAUGAAAUUAUGUAUGUAUGUCUGCAGCUGUGCUGACAGAAUUGGGGUUUAGACCCCGUUUUGGCACAGAAACCGCUUUGGUCGCCCUGUAUGAUGACCUCUGUCGGGAGAGAGACAGAGGAAAUGUGUCCCUGUUAAUUCUCCUCAACCUCUCAGUGGCUUUUGAUACCAUUGACUAUGGUACCCUUCUGGAGCAACUGUCUGAGUAAGAGGUGGGUGGUUUCUGGUGGUUCCAGUCCUACUUGGAUUGUUGUUCCCAGAGGGUGUCACUUGGGGAGUGCUUUUCAGCCAUGUGGAGUUCUGCAGGGCUCAACCCUAUCCCCUAUGCUGUUCAACAUCUACAUGAAAUCGCUGGGUGGGGUUAUCCAGAAGUUGGGAGUAUGUUGUCAGCAAUAUGCUGAUGACACUCAGCUCUACUUCUCCUUUACAUCUGCAGGUGAGGCAAUGGAAGUGCUGGACUGGUGUCUUGCCUUGAUAAUGGACUGGAUGAGAGCCAACAAACUGAAGCUCAGUCCAGAUAAGACUGAGACCCUGUUAGUGGGUGGUUCCCUAGAACAUCCUCUGAAGGAGCAGGUUCAUAGCUUGGGGGUACUCCUGGCUUCUUUGCUGUCACUUGGAGCUCAAGUGUUCUCAGUGGUGUGGAGUGCCUUCAAUCAGCUUCCGCUGGUGGCCCAGCUACGCCCCUGUCUGGACAGGGAUAGCCUAACUACUGUUGUCUAUGCUCUGGUAACCUCAGGGUAGGUUACUGUGAUGUGUUAUACAUAGGGCUACCUCUGAAGACAGUUUGCCGAAUGUUUCAGAAGCUGAACGCCAAAAACCCAGAAGUGAAUGCUUCUGUUUUUGAAUGCGCCUUGGAAGUCGAACAACUUCCGAGGCGCAUUUCUCAAUUUUCCACAUUGAGCUUGCUGACAGCCCUUUGAUCCUCAGUUUUUGAAUGUUUCGGAAGUCGAAUGGACUUCUAGAACGGAUUAUGUUUGAAAACUGAGGUUCCACUGUGUGUGUGUGUGUGUGUGUGUGUGUGUAAUUGCACUACAUUCCUUCUUUCUUCUGCUGUAGCCUGAUAUAGUGGCUGCUGCAAAGUGGCUGCUGAUGGAGAUGCCUGGCUUCUCAGCAGAGCUGGCAGUGGCCCCUCUAUCCUCUGCUACCCCAAGUUCCCUUGUAGGUCAUAAAUAUUUUGUAAAACUGUCCAUUAUCUCCCUUCCAUACUUCAACUGUUCUCCAGCCCAUGUUGGUGUCUUAAAGGGUAUUUUCUUUUACAGGUACCCACGGAUUAAUAAAGAGUCUUUACUACCAGUAGCAAAAGAUGUGUCCUAUUCAGGAGAGAAUACAGAGGCAUGGUAUCCCCCAGGCCAUGGGGACAUCUAUGCAAGUUUCUAUAAUUCUGGAUUGCUAGAUAAUUUUAUUGGUGAGGGAAAAGAGUAUAUUUUUGUGUCUAACAUAGAUAACCUUGGUGCCACUGUUGAUCUCUACAUCCUUAACCACCUCAUGAAUUCACCAAAUGGAAAACGGUGUGAAUUUGUUAUGGAGGUCACCAAUAAAACGAGGGCAGAUGUUAAGGUAAAUACAAAUACUUAUUUCAGAACUGUGUCUUUGUCAUUGUAAAUCACAUACCAAGGACUGAAAUGAUUGGAGAAUGUAAUAAUUGAUAUAACAAACUGGACCCAUAGAAGUGUUACUUCCCCACUAGCUGAUGAAAUCCUGAAUCUGAUCCCAAGAUUUGUAGUGCGUUGCAGAAUGAAAGCAAGUAGUAUUCUGAUGGGGGAUAGACUCUAACUUUUUUCUAUUUAUGACCUGCCUAUUUUAAUUUCUUUUUAGAAUUUGUCUCCUUUGGCUGUGUCAAGACACUAACAAUUUCAAAACAAUUAAAACGCAAGCAAAAACAAGAUCCAUUAUUUAUACUUUGUUAUAGAUUACCUUAAACUAUGACUUCAUUGAACCAUCUUUCUGUCAACCAAGUCACAAUAGAAAAACCACUAUUAAAUGGCUGUUUUAAUAAACAAGUAGAAAACUUGGCAUGUCCAACUGUGUAAUAGGUGGCAUGGAACUGGUGAAAACAUUCUAGCUGAAUGCUGCCAAGAUCACUUGUCUGAUUUAAGCUAGAAACCAAAGGCAAGCAGGUCACAGUUAGUUUUAGCAAGGCAAAUUUGCUUUUUUAUGUUUGCUUGUGCCCACAUAAAAUCCCAUUUCACUUCUAUUUGCUCUGUUUUUCCAGGGUGGCACGCUCACGCAAUAUGAGAACAAACUGAGACUAGUGGAGAUAGCUCAGGUGCCCAAACCCCAUGUAGAUGAAUUCAAGUCUGUUUCAAAAUUCAAAAUAUUCAACACAAACAACCUAUGGAUUUCACUCUCUGCAAUUAAACGGCUACAGGAGCAGAAUGCUAUUGAUAUGGAAAUUAUUGUCAAUCCAAAGGUAAGAAUCUGAAAAGGUCAGAAACUGAAGGGACAAAAUUGAAAAGAGAGGGUAAAAAUGCCAAUCUUGAAAACUUUGUGUCAAGUUUAGGAAAUAUUGGAAGCCUGAUCCAAAAUAUAUCCUUUUGGAUUAAGUAGUGGGAGAAGUAUUUCAGAAAGUAUUUAUACUUCUCUUUAUCACUUCUUCAGAAGUUUUGGAUAUAAAAAGCUUUGGAUAUUACAGGAAUAUAUCCAAAUUAAAUUGGAAAAUGUAAUGUAAUUAUUAUGUAUCAAUUUUGGUUUUAAGGAUCAAGAACUGGCAAUUAAUGUAAAUAAGUAAAUGGACUAACUUAUAUUUUUAUUGUGACUUGUUUGUAUUGUAUUGUUAUGUGUAAACUUUGUUGUAUAUUUUGUUGUUCCUUCAGCUUGUAAACCACCUUGUGCCCAGCAGUAUAGAAAGGCAGUACACAAAUUAAAAGGGAUUAUGAUUUUUAUUACCAGCCAAGUCCUUAAAGGUCCUCCCUUUCACGUCAGGCUACUUAGGGGACCAAAUAAACCUUAACAAGAGGUAUUAGGGUGAAGUGCUAGGGAUCUCUUCCUCCCCUUAUUUAUACUUUUUGUGGUUUGAAAAUGUGGUGCACUCGGACAAAACGUACAUCUUUGAGCUAUAGUUUGGAUGGAGCAACUAUUAUUUACAUAUCUUUAGGAGCCAGGUGAAAGCUUCUCCCAGGACUUUGGCUAAUUAAACAGCCUGGCCUUUUAAACUGGGGGGGGGGGGGGUAUUGUUUUUGUUUGUUGCUGUGGUAUGUGUUUUUGUGUUUUAUAUUGUAAACUACUCUGUGAUAUUUAAAGAAAUAACAGAAAUUUUAAUCAUCAUCAUCAUUGUUAACGUUCUUGAACAGUUACUUAACUGAUGAAGCUUUUUCUUCCAGACAUUAGACGGUGGUUUAAAUGUUAUUCAGCUGGAGACUGCUGUUGGUGCUGCCAUUAAAAGUUUUGAGAAUUCUCUGGGAAUAAAUGUACCCCGUAGCAGGUUUCUGCCUGUCAAGACCACGUCUGAUCUUCUACUUGUGAUGUCCAAUCUAUAUAGCCUUAAUGCUGGAUCUUUAACAAUGAGUGAGAAAAGGGAAUUCCCUACUGUGCCCCUGGUCAAACUGGGAAGCUCUUUCACCAAGGUAAGCAUAGCUCUUAAAUGAGAGGAACAAGAAAAAUGUUAAUUGCAGAUGAUGGGUAAACAGUUUUAUCAAGCUCCUUCACAUGGCUGACUAGAAGCCAAUCUAGUUGCGUUCCUGAAUGCUGCCCUAAGAGUAAAUUAAAUGAACUGGAAAGUUGGAGUGAGGUGCCUUCACUAUGCUAAUGACAAUCAAUUCUACUCUGUUUCACUGGAGUCAGCUUAACCAGUAGACUUACUGAAUUAGUGUUUGGGUUCAGUAACGGAUUGGAUGAGACACAGAAACCUGGAGUUCAAUCUAAAUAAGACAGAUUCCAUUGGUAGGUGGGUCAGCAAGAUGGUUUCUGGAUAGGGCUUCAAUCCCCCCAAAAGGACUAAUUCUAGAGUCUGGGAGUCCUGAUAGAUCCGUCAUCAUCACUAGAAGUCCAAGCGGCAUCGGUGGCACGCAGUGCCUUCCACCAGCUAAGAAUGAAGCACAGCUGAGAUUCCUCCCAGAGAGAGCCCGGGACAAUUUUCCAUGCUCUGAUCACUUCUAGAAUGGAUUGCUAGUAUUUGUUUUAUAGAGAACUGCCUUUUGAAUAUUUCCAAGCGAUUCCAAUUUAUUGCAAAACACAGCUGCUAAGUUACUAAUUGUGACCAGCUGUAUAGAGUAUAUCUUAUCAGUCUUUAAAUAGGCACAGUUUUGCAUGUCUAUUUUCAGGUACAGUGGUGCCUCGCAAGACGAAAAGAAUCCGUUCCGCGAGUCUCUUCGUCUUGCGGGUUUUUUCGUCUUGUGAAGCAAGCCCAUUAGCGGAUUAGUGCUACAGUACUGUAUUAGCGGCUUAGCGGGCUUAGUGGAUCAGCUGAUAAGCGGCUUAACGAUAAGCUGAUAAGCGGCUUAACGACCAGCUGAUAAGCGGCUUAAGGAUAAACUGAUAAGCGGCUUAACGAUCAGCUGAUAAGCGGCUUCGCAUCAGCUGUUAAGCGGCUUAGCCAUCAGCUGAUAAGCGGUUUAGCGGCUUGGGAAAAAGGGGGGGAAAGGAAAAAAACCCCGCAGGAACUCGCAAGACAUUUUCGUCUUGCGAAGCAAGCACAUAGAAAAUUCGUUUUGCGAAGCACCUCCAAAACGGAAAACCCUUUCGUCUAGCGGGUUUUCCGUCUUGCGAGGCAUUCGUCUUGCGGGGCACCACUGUACAAUUGAAAGUGUUAGGUAUUACUUAUAAAGCACUAAAUGGCUUGGUGGAUGGCUACCCGAACAACUAGUAUCUACCAUUGCUUGCUUGAACCCUUCUAUCUCCCCUGGUGCGCCCACUGCUACCAUUAGGUCCUUUAAUCUCAGAUGAAGAGAGGAGCUUCUUGAUGGUGGUGACUUGCAUUUGUGUGUGGCGUAUCCUCUUCACAUACAUGCUUAUCUGAUGCCUAAUUGGAUGGUUUUUUAGUGCCAGGAGAAGACUUUUUAUUUGCAUUCUAGCUUGUGGAAUAGCUCCUUUUAAUUGUUUAUAGCUUGGCAGUAAAACAUUGACCAUAUUUGCAUGUAAUGGUGGACCAAGCUGUGUGGUUUUAUUUUAUUUUUAAAUUAUUUUCAUUUUUCAAUUUAACAAUAAUAAUCAUCAAUUACAUUUACAUACCUACCUGUUUUGACUUCCUUCUUCCCCUUCCUUGGUUUCUUGUAAAAACAUUUUCAGAACUGCAUCUCCUCCUUAAUUCCUUUUGUUUCUCUCUAUAUUUCUUCCAAAGUCACCUUUUAAUUGCUUGAUUUUAAAUUAAUCCUGCUGGUGUGUUUGUUUACAAUAUUUUUAAGAUGAUCCACAUAACUCCCCCAUUCUUUCUUCUUGAUUUCUUACUCUUCCCGUAAAUUUUGCCAUUCUUUAUUUAACUUUGCUUGCCAUUCUUCCUUUGUUGGGACAGUGUCCUCUUUGUUGGGAUACUGCCAGGGAGAUAAAGUCCAUCAAGGCCCCCAAGCCAUCUGCCGGACGAUCCACCGACCUCCGGUAGGCACGCAGCGACAUGAGUUUCUAGAAAAUAGCUUGUACACAUUCCAGAGCUCAUGCACACUCUAUCAGCAGAUAAUGCACAGCCAAAAGUUGCAAUCAGGAGAGCAUUAUUUACAAGUUUAUUCAGCGUUGAUCAGAACACAGAAAAACAUGACUGCCUGCUUUUAGUGUCUGCGACACAGAGAGAGAACGAAAGCAAUAGCAAACAUAAACAUCCUGUGAACAGGAAAUACGCAGACUCUGACUCACAAAGCCUGCUCCCUUUUAAGGUGGAACGGAAAUAUCCUAACACUCUUUCCAUCUCUGUGCAAAGAGCAUCCUAGCGGCUGUGGUUGCAUACAUAAGCCAUUUUGCUUGGUCUUUCAGUAUAUCCUGCCCUAGUAUCCCUAAAAGAAAGGCUUCUGGUUUUUUAAUAGAAGUUACCUUCAACAUUUUUUUCAGUUCAUUAUAAAUAAUUUCCAAGAAGUCUUAUACUAUCUUACAAGACCACCAUCUAUGAUAGAAUGUGCUCUUUUCCUAUUUACAUUUCCAGCAUGUGUCUGAUUUUGACUUAUACAUUCUUGCUGAUUUACUGGGUGUUAAGUACCAUCUGUACAUCAUUUUCAUAUAAUUUUCUUUCAAUGUAUAACAUGCUGUAAAUUUCAAAUCCAUAUUCCAUAACCUUUCCCAUGCUUCCAUUUCUGUAUUAUAACUAAAAUCCCUUGCCCAGUGUAUCAUCACUGGUUUCACCUGUUCGUCUUUUGUUUCCCACCCCCAAAGAAGCUUAUAUAUCUUAGAUAAUAGGAAACAAAGAAAAUGUGUUAAGUCUCUUUCUAACUGAGAGGUUUGAUUUAAAAAGCCAUUCUUUUUAUCUAAGCUGUGUGGUUUGUUUUAGCCAGAUCUGCCUUCUCGAGAUGGCAUGCCGUAGAGUAGCUCUGUGUUAUCUGAUGUCUUUACCACUGUUGCUGGCAGAGUAGCUCAAAUUGGGAAUACUAGGCUCAGUUUACUUCAGCAGAACUAAAAGGUAAAGGUAAAGGUACCCCUGCCCAUAUGGGCCAGUUGUGUCCGACUCUAGGGUUGUGCGCCCAUCUCACUUAAGAGGCCGGGGGCCAGCGCUGUCCGGAGACACUUCCGGGUCACGUGGCCAGCUUGACGAAGCUGCUCUGGCGAGCCGGCACCAGCGCAGCACACGGAAACGCUGUUUAUCUUCCCGCUAUAAAGCGGUACCUAUUUAUCUACUUGCACUUAGGGGUGCUUUCGAACUGCUAGGUGGGCAGGAGCUGGGACCGAAAGAUGGGAGCUCACCCCGCCGUGGGGAUUCGAACCACCGACCAUGCGAUCGGCAAGCCCUAGGCGCUGAGGUUUUACCCACAGCGCCACCCGCAUCCCGACUCAGCAGAACUAGAUGUACUUAAAUGAAAGUGGCACAGUUUAAUUGGUUUGUGGAUUUGUUUGAAAAUCUUGAAACUGGAAAAUCUCGACCCUUACUAGAAAACCCCUCAGGCAACAGGUGAUAUUCUUGCCUUACUUCACAUCAGCAUUUAACCAGAAAACCUACUAUGGUAGGUAUUCAAGGGCAAAUUGAAGCAGGUUUAUGUGCCUUGUUUUCACAUUAUUUUUAAACUGCUUUUGUCGUCAGAACUCUUAUAAAUAUUCUCCUAUGACAAUGGCAUAUUUGAUAGUGGAUGCUUACACAAUCUCAUUUGUUCAGUUCAGUUUUCCAUUGUUAACCCAGAUCCAAGUCAGGUGUGUUGAUCCAUCAAACUGGCAUGAGCAAGCUCCCAUUUGCUCUAUCCUGGGUGUGAACAUUGCAACCCCAGGUCCUUCAAGUAAUCAUCUCUUAAAACUAUGAGUAGCCUACCUUUAUUUCCAGAGGGAUAACAAUGAUGCCUGCCAGAAACCUUUAAACUUAGAUGAAUUUAGAAAAGGACUGCUGCCCCCAUGACUGCAAUUCCCUGUCCAUUAAUCACUUGCAUUUUGCAUGGAACUAUAGGAAAAUAAUAAUUGUCUUUAGUUAAAGGGGUGAGGAAAAAAAGAAAGUUAUAAAAUUCCAUGAUAAACAACUAAAUAAGCAUAGUUCUAGGUAGGCCAUGUAGUUGUUUAUAUUUCAAAUAAUUCCCAGACAAAUCUUUCAUGAUGACACAUAUAUGGGGACCUGGGGCAUCAUUCUUUAAUGUCUGCUUUUUGAAAAGGUUCAAGAUUACCUGAAGAGGUUUGAAAGUAUACCAGAUAUGCUGGAACUGGAUCAUCUGACUGUUUCAGGCGAUGUCACAUUUGGCAAAAAUGUGGCAUUAAAGGUAGGGCAUACAAUUUUCUGUAUACAAAUUUCCUUUGUGUUUUGAUAACAUGUAGAAAUCGUUGAUCUGUCAACCUCCCUUAAGAUUAAAUAUACAAAUAUUCAUCUCUUCAUUAGAUGUAGAACAUGUAAUAUGUGAAAGAAAGUAUAUAUUUGCCUUCGAGAAAUUUAUUGAAAACCAUUUGUUUCCCAGUGUGUGUACCCAAAAUAAGAAUCACACUACAUCUGAAAAUAUAGUGAUAAAUCUCUGUAAGAGAAAUGACAUGUGGCAUCUCUAAUGGCCAAACUCAACCAGGGACCACUCAUUUAAUUAGAAAUAGUGUGGAUGGCUUUUUAAAAGUUGUAAAAGUGGCCUGAUCUGGACUGGGACUCUGGCUUUGACCAUAUGCCCCAGCUGUGGUCUCAUUUCAGAUUGUGUCUCUCAUGCCUGCUAUUGGCACUGGAAGAAAAGCUCCCAUUGGUGGUAACAGAAGCUUUUCUUCCUGUGUACAGUGGUACCUCGGGUUAAGUACUUAAUUUGUUCUGGAGGUCUGCACUUUACCUGAAACUGUUCUUAACCUGAAGCACCACUUUAGCUAAUGGGGUCUCCUGCUGCCACCGCACCGCCGGAGCCUGAUUUCUGUUCUUAUCCUGAAGCAAAGUUCUUAACCUGAAGCACUAUUUCUAGGUUAGCGGAGUGUGUAACCUGAAGCGUAUGUAACCUGAAGCGUAUGUAACCACAGUAGAUGGAGUGCCCUGUGCUUUCUAUCUGGACUUGGAACCACAGCUAGGGGCAAAAGUGUCCCAUGCCAGGAACCGAAUAUUUAGUUUUUUAAGAGUUUUUGAUUGCUAAUUGCAAGGUGUCACAUAUACUGCCUUGAAACAUGGACAUUUCAUUAGGUUGCCAUUGCUUAAUAGUCUUGAUACCUUCUCAGUUUGACCUCAGGUGAACUGACCUGAGUUAACACUGUGAGCUUUUAAUCAGUUUUGAUUUCAAACAUUAAUUGUGCAUUAUUUGAAGCCUUUCCUUGUCAGUCCUGAACUUGCUGCCAACUUCCAAGUUCUAGCAUAUUUUACAUCUCUGUUUAAGUGUUUCUGUUUGUGAUCUGCAGUCAUUCAUAACUGUUAUCUCCCAAAGUCUUCUUCAAAUCAAAAGGCACAAGUACUUUAGGCAUUCCUCCAAGCCUUUGAUUUUUGUUAACACUACCUAUAUCCACAUAGUGGGAAGUAAAGUCCCAUUGACUAAUGAGACUUCUCAGGAAAAGGGAUAGGUUUGAACUGGAAGUUGCCUUUCUGUACCUUUUUGAGGUGUGCCCAGAGCUGUACACAGGAUUCUAAAUAUUGAUAUAUCUCAGAUUAAUAUGGUGGAAAGCCUCUCCUCCUCCCGGAGGGGAGGGGUUGUGAGCGGGAAACGAUUCCCGCGUCAUGCAGGGGGCGCUCUGCCCCCUGCUUCAACUCCAGGGGCUGGAGCGCCACGCCCUUCCCGGUUGGGCACCCAAUAGGGAAGCUCGGCGGGGGCGUGGCUUGCCGUUCAAAUGCGGCCGCGCCAGCCCUCCCCGCCAUUGCACACACAUUUUCUUCGAGUCACCCACCCUCCACUCCCUUUAGAUUAGCUAUGCGGGGAUUGGGUCCUCGAAUCACAAUUUAUCCUUAUUUGCUGUUUGGAGUGACAAAAUAGAAAUAUAUUUGGUACCGCUAUGCUGGUCUUCAAAAGAAAUGGGGCCUGAAAUUAUUUGUAUGCAGAGUUAUUAAAUAUGACUAAGUUGCAUAGUGUAUGUAAACUAAGUUUUACAAAUUUCUGUAGGUAAAUAUUUAGGAUGUAUUUAUUUUAUACCAGCCAUACAAGUUUGGCAUGAAUCACUGUAUGAAAUGUAUUAGAAUUAAUUCAAAACAGUUAAAAGCUGAGUUAAGAAAAUCUAAUUAAAGAGUUCAAGUCCAAGCAGCACACUCAAUAAAAAAAAGGAUCUGACUUUUUCCCCCUUUUUCUUUUAUUAUGUAGGGAACCGUCAUCAUCAUUGCAAACCAUGGUGACAGGAUAGAUAUCCCACCAGGAGCUGUAUUGGAGAACAAAAUAGUCUCUGGAAAUCUUCGGAUCCUUGAUCACUGAUCCAAUAAGUGAACUAAUAGAGAUGUUGGUAAUAUUUCCUAGUUUCACAAGUGGAAGAACCCAUAGGCAUUAGAUUUGUACACAGAAGGUCUCUAUACUUAGCUAUCCACUCACUGUACCAACAGUAUUAUUUCUAAGUAAUUUUUCUGAACUUUCUUAACUGAAAGAAUAUUUAAGAUGCAGCUCUUUAAAUGAAUCUAUAAUUCAGCUAAUAUAAUCUAAAGUGCAAUAUUGUUUGUCUUAAGAAAAGGCAGACAUCUCUUGUGUAAGAUGUUUUAAGAUGCUGAUGUUCAAUGAGUUUUGAAUGGCUUGUAACUGAAAAAGCUGUGAAAUAUGCUGUUAACUAUUAAGUGCAACCACCUUAUAAAGCAUAAAUGGCACCCAUGAUAAAACACUUAGAUGAUUUAUUAAUAUGGCACAUAAGCUGUUUAAAAUGUCUAGUACUUAACUGUUAACAUUGUCUUCCUUCCUACAGUUAAUACCUUCAGGCUAUAGUACCAUCACAGCAACGAUAGCAUUGCUCAGUUACCUCACUUUUAUCCUUCUCUAAAGCUGGAGUUAUUGCUCUCUGUUUACCCAAAGAAGAGACACCUUAGAAUGUUACUCCUUUACUGUCACCCCUCAUCUUCUAGCUUCUCUUACUUUUUAGCUAUUACUUCUUAAGAAAUCCUAAAUGUACUUCUAAAUAUGGGAAAAUAUCACCACCUCAGUGUACUUUAUGUUCUUAGAAUUAAAUCAUGUUUUGCUUGUUACAAAUGUGGAAACAAAUUCCACAUCUGGAAGGUACGGAAAUAAAACAUCAAGCCCCCUGUCUGAAUUUUCUUUUGUGUUGUUAACAAAAUCUGGCCUUGUGCUUAUCCUAUUCUUAAAGAAGUUGCUCUCUUAAACAGCUCAUUUUUACAACUUUAUUUGAUUGACAACGGCUUCUGCUAAUGUUAACAGAUAGGCAUGCCUGUCUGAAGAAAUCACAGGCACACAAACAUGGUGGACUAUCAUUGUACAUAAUCAUCACAAGAGUAGGCACUCACUGGGUUUAGGUAAAAAUGCUGUGAGGUGAAAUACACAGGCACUUCAUUACUUAAGAGAGGCAGGUACCAGCCUGAAAGGUAGCAUUAGAAAAAGUAUUCAUAAAUUAGUCAUGCCUCAUCUCCUGCUGCACUUAUGUGUAGUCAGAACUACACAUAACAUUUUAAAUAGAGUGGGCAGGGGUUCUUAAAAGAAGUGUUCAAAAAAUUAACACACUCCCCCCCCCCCAUAGUUUGACAAGCUUACUGGCUAUGAUAAGCUAUCUUAUUAACAUGCCCUUAUACUCAGAAUAAGUUGCAGGGCUUUACUUUCAAGAGCUGGGAAACAUUUAAAAUGUCAUCUUCUGGUGGGAGUAUGAAGAUCAUUUAUGGAAAUACUUUGGAACAGGAUGCACCCUAACAAAUCCAAAUCUAUGCAGAUAAGACUUUAUAGAAACAUCUGUAAAAAAAUAAUUUAACAGUAAAGUUUUAUACUGAAAACAUUUUCUAUAAUUCAACAGCAAGAAUUUUCAAACUACCAUCAUUAAAUAAAGGUGAGACACCAUGUGAAUUUCAUUGCACUAGAGGAAAUGCAAAGCAUCUUUUUAAUAUAAAGAUUUACAGAGCACUCUCUAGAAAACUACAGCUGUGUUACAGCUAUAUAUUCUUUUGGAUUUGGUCCAAAGAAACCUGAGCCUCGUUCCAGAAAGAAUGAAGAAAUUGCACAGAGAACUGAUCACUUUUCUUGCAAAAGAACUAUCAAAGUCAUUCCCAUAGUUGGUUUUCACCACAUCACAAGGGAGCUUCCUCUUCUAUGUUCCAAUAAUUCAUCUUCUACAAAGAAGAAACCAUCCCAUGCCAAGAGGCAAUUCUGCUCUGCUGGACUAUCACCUCUUCUGUUCCCAGAUUUCAGCCAUGUUCAAGUCUAGGGUUUGAAGCCCUUUCAAAGCUUGGAGAUUUCCAGUGUAAAAAGCUACAUCUGCUGUAACCAAUCUGAAACAGAAAUAAACACAUUGAGGAGACAAAAGGGCUGGAUCUAUAGGCAAGAAUUUUAGAUCUUGUUUCAAGCUAAGUGUUGUGCACUUGGUCUUGUGCGCUAAGCCUGAUCUAUUUUGCUUUGUACUGUAUUUGUGUUGCAUUUCAACACAAAUACACGGUGGCCCAAAAGUAGGUAUACUGCUUUAGAAUCCAUUUCCUUUGUACCGGACUCAAGUUUGCCAUCAUCAUUCACAAUAAUCCUUUUAUCUGACUCCACUAUUAUUUCUAACUGCCAGCCUGAAAUUUAACUGCAACUUUGUUGUGUGUCACCUAUGUGUACCCAAAUAAUCUGUUGUGAUGAAUUUCAUUGAUUCAACUGUAUACCUACUUUUGGGCCACCCUGUAUAGUUAAUACAGUUUGAAAAUAUCACCAUCUACUAUUAGUGUAAGGUAGUAGUAAAACUGUUUUUAAUUCCUGAAGAGCUGUGAUGUUCAAAAUCACAAAAUACUAUGUUUUGUGUUUAAUAAUAUAACUUCUAUAACUACAUCAAAUAUGCAUCCAUUAAAUUCCAUAUUCUCUUGCUAG